UAUUAUUUUAAAUUAAGAAAAAAUUCCAAUUGCACGUGUAUAUAGAAAUUUCUAAAAAAUAUUAUAAUGAUCAUCAAAUAAUCUAACGGUACAUAAGCGUUCACGCAACUGAAGGAUGACCUAGUUGAUCGAAACCCCAGGAACUGGGUAAGAAUAGUAUACGAACAGCCUACCCACCCAUCUCAAGCUCCCGUCCCUCUUUCGCCUUCACUAUCUCUCCCAAAUUUUUAAUCAUUUUUUCCCAAAAUUUUCCUUCAAUUCAAUCAAUUUGAAUCCAAAACCCUAAACCCAAUCACCAAUUCCACUCAAAUUUGAACCGGAUUCUAGGGUUUCUCUGCCAUUCUGAAAACCCUAAUUAAAACUUGCCAUUUUUGUCUCUCACUCCAUUGGCCAGAGCUAAAGGUUGAAUAUUGCUGAAGAUCCACCAGAGCUCACUUUCUCAGCAGUACACGACUAUGUGAAAGUCUCACUCUUUCAGGAAUACAGCACUGUCAGUGUGAGGUUGGGGACUUGAGAUCAUUCUAUUGGAAUUGAUCUGAAACAGUUUGAAACUUUGACAUGGAUAACGAGGUGAUUGAAUUUGAUAUUGGGUUGGGAGGAGGGGGAGGCCGAGAUGGGGACGAUGAUUUUGUAGACAUUGAGCAUCCUGUUGAUGAUGAGGAAAUGGUUGAUAGUCCUCUUAUGGGAAGUGCCACUGGUAGUGGGAGUGGUAUUGUUUUCGGUGGUGGAGGGAGUGGUGAAAUUUACUUGCCUGAGGGGGAUCUCUUGGACCUUGAGCCAUAUGAUGGCAUGGAAUUUGAGUCUGAAGAGGCUGCCAAGGCCUUUUACAAUUCGUAUGCACGGCGUGUUGGGUUCAGUACUCGUGUCAGCUCCUCACGUCGUUCCAGGCGCGAUGGAGCAAUCAUACAGAGGCAGUUUGUUUGUGCUAAAGAGGGUUUCCGGAAUUUGAAUGAGAAGCGCACCAAGGAUAGGGAGAUUAAGCGCCCUCGGACUGUCACUAGGGUAGGGUGCAAAGCAUCCUUUUCUGUGAAGAUGCAAGAUUCGGGAAGAUGGGUGGUGUCUGGUUUUGUUAAAGAGCAUAAUCAUGAGUUGGUUCCGCCUGAUCAGGUGCAUUGUCUUCGUUCUCACAGGCAAAUAUCCGGUCCUGCUAAGACUUUGAUUGAUACCUUGCAGGCUGCUGGAAUGGGCCCCAGGAGGAUUAUGUCAGCGCUGAUUAAGGAAUAUGGUGGGAUAAGCAAAGUCGGAUUUACAGAGGUGGACUGUAGGAAUUACAUGAGGAAUAAUCGCCAGAAGAGCUUAGAUGGGGACAUUCAGAUGCUUUUGGAUUACUUGAGACAAAUGCAAGCUGAUAACCAGAACUUUUUCUAUGCCGUGCAGGGCGAUGGCGAUAAGUCCAUGGGAAAUGUCAUUUGGGCUGAUCCAAAGGCAAGGAUCAACUAUAGUUACUUCGGUGAUACUGUUACUUUUGACACUACCUACAGGUCUAACAGGUACCGCUUGCCCUUUGCACCUUUUACAGGGGUGAACCAUCAUGGACAGCCUAUUUUGUUUGGUUGUGCCUUUCUGAUAAAUGAAUCUGAAGCAUCAUUCGUUUGGCUGUUCAAAACAUGGCUUAUGGCAAUGUCAGGCCGCCCCCCAGUGUCAAUUACCACUGAUCAUGAUCCCGUGAUACAGUCAGCCAUCAAGCAGGUUUUCCCACAGACCCGGCACCGUUUCUGCAAAUGGCACGUCUUUAAGAAAUGCCAGGAGAAGCUAUCCCAUGUGUUUCUUAAACAUCCAACUUUUGAAGCAGACUUUCACAAGUGUGUUAAUUUGACUGAGUCCAUAGAAGAAUUUGAGUCUUACUGGUUGUCUCUUGUUGAUAAAUACAGUCUCAGAGAUCAUGAAUGGAUUCAAAUGGUAUACUCCGCUCGCAGGCAGUGGGUCCCUGUUUAUCUGCGGGACACUUUUUUUGCAGAAAUGUCCAUUACCCAAAGAAGUGACAGUAUGAACUCAUAUUUUGAUGGAUAUGUGAAUGCUUCAACAAAUUUGAGCCAAUUCUUUAAGCUUUAUGAGAAAGCUCUAGAGAGUCGAAAUGAGAAGGAAGUGAAAGCAGACUUUGAAACUAUGAACACUGCCCCAGUUUUGAAAACCCCAUCUCCAAUGGAAAAGCAAGCAUCCGAGCUUUACACAAAAAAGAUAUUUAUGAGGUUUCAAGAGGAGCUAGUUGGAACGCUAACUUUCACGGCAUCUAAGGGUGAUGAUGAUGGGGAGAUCAUCACAUAUCAAGUAGCAAAGUUUGGGGAAGACCAUAAAGCAUAUUAUGUUAAGCUUAAUGUUUUGGAGAUGAUGGCAACUUGUAGUUGCCAGAUGUUUGAGUUUUCAGGUCUUCUUUGCAGACAUGUAUUGGCAGUCUUUAGAGUGACCAAUGUGCUGACGCUCCCAUCCCAUUACAUAUUGAAACGAUGGACUAGAAAUGCCAAGAGCAGCGUCAUGUUAGAAGAACGUUCUAGUGAUGUAUAUACCAAUUAUCUAGAAUCUCAUACUGUGCGAUACAAUACCCUACGUCAUGAGGCUUUUAAAUUUGUAGAUGGAGCAAGGUCUUCAGAAACUUAUGACAUCGCAGUAGAAGCUUUGAAAGAAGCUGCAAAAAAAGUAGCUCAUGCCAUAAAGAAUGAGGGGAAAGCCAUGCUCAAUGGGCAUGUCAGGGGGAGUUUGGCUGGUGGAGCAAGUCGGGCAGCACAUUGUGCUAGUGGGGAUUAUGAAGGAAGCUCUGGACAACAUUUGUCUGAGGAUGACAUGGACAAAAAAAUCCGAGAACUUACGAACGAGCUGGAGUGCGCAAAGCGGAAAUGUGAAGUUUACCGGGCUAACCUGCGUUCAGUUUUGAAAGAUAUAGAGGAUCAUAAGUUACAGUUGUCAAUUAAAGUACAAAACAUUAAAAUUGGCAUGAAAGACGGCCUAAUCCUAUAAAGGUAGUUGUCCUUGCGUCUGACAUAAGAUCAAUCGGAAAAUAAGCUCCACUUAUGUGGAAAUUGGCAGGGUCCAUAUUGUAGAUUAUGGAUCUUGGCUGUGGAUUUGACUCGUGACAGGCUUGAUACCUCACAUGUAAAUCUUAUAUUGGCUGAUUCAUUAGACUUGUUUUCUUUUCAUUAUCAGUUAAUAGUUAUGUCAUUUUAAACCGAUUUAUAUUGUUUCUGACAUUUUAUGGGGUGUGAUUCUUGUGAUCUCCAAGUCAGCAAUGGUAACUUUGUAGGAGGAAAAAUCGUUGUGUGAAUGGUUGCACAAGAAGACAGACAUCAGAGCUGAAAGGUUCAUCAGGGUAUGGAAAUGCUUUGGUAGCUUUUUUCUCUUUGUGUUUGUGUGUACUCUCUCAUUUGUCUAUUGGUUGCAGUCGAAGGUAAUAAUCAGAUGUUAUUUUCUGUGCCCGUCGAAUAACACCUUCAAUUUUAAGUUUUCAUAUAAGCUUGUAGGGAAAUUCAUCCUUGAAUUGACAAGUCAUCUUCUACUCAUCCUUGCAAAUUGGCUGAACAGAAUCCAUUGACUGCAGUUUCUGUUAGAAAGGUUAAUGCAUUUUCAUUGGAGUAUAUAUGUACAAACAGUUUGUUUACUAUUCGUGCUUGGAUCGAUCUUUAGGCUUUUGUUGUCCCGUUUUGCUUCGGUAGUGAUUUACAUGUGUAUACAGUUUCGCUCGUUAAGCUCAUUUGGAGUUUGCUGAUUAUCUGGUAUUGUGCCGAUUGUCAGUUAUCACCUUGCUUUCGCAUUGAGAGCAAUACGGUGCAGUAUGACACCGAAACUGAAAGCUUGAGUUUGGGUGGCUGGGAAAGUGAGGAUGGAAUGUUAUGUUCUUCCGAGCCUUUUUUCGGAGUGAGUUUUAUUUUGCAAUGUGAUAAUCAGUAUUCUUGUGUUUUGUAUACACUUGUAGGAUCUGAAUUUCUCGAGUAGAGUUCAAUCAACUGAAAGAACAAAUUGAAGAAAUGAAAAGAGUCGACCGUGCUGGAGUUGAGAUGCUUUCAAGAAAUCAAAAUAUGAGGAUGAUGAUUUUCCCCUCUCUAAAAACAACCAAGUGUUGAAGAGUUUUAGCUACUCCAACCGAGUUCGAGCACUGUUGGAGGAGCCUCGAGGGGGUUCGAACAAUGUUCGAUGAGAGAACUUUUGGUAAAGGUGUUAUUUGGUCGGGCAAGUGGGGUAAGUUACUAAAAAGUUGUCACGUUGAUACGAAUGGUGUCGGAUGAAGGAGGUUUGAGAGAGAGAGAGGUGCCCGGAAAGUGACCCACUUUCCACGCUGGAGUUUUUCGAAGAAGGAACUUGUAGAUCCUAUGUAGUCAUCCGACCUACGUGUUCGCAUGAUCACAAACACAAAAGUAAGGACCUCUAGUAUUUUGUAUUACCCAUUGACGCAUCCCAACCUCCAGAUGGUACACACCUAAAAGGUGAUGAAGUUAUUUUAUGCAUGA